AUGAGGUCAGAGUCAGUCAGUCUCGUCAGUCGCCCGGUAACAUUUGUGCAAUCAAGAUGUGCGGCGGACGUUCUCGCUCGUGUCACGCCUAGCCCUUAUUAUUUCAUUCACGGGAGGAAUUAAAUCCCCGAAAACACACAUGACUUCAUUCCCUUCGCCGGGGUAACCCUGUUUUUCAUCGGUGUUCGACGAGACGUCGUUUGUUUUUGUUUGCGGUUCUGAUUGGGGUUUAGGCUGACCAGUUCUUGUUUAAAGAAAGAUGAAAAGAACAGAGCGAUUGAGUGAAUCGGAUGGGGGAAUUUCCCCUGAUGUCUCCUCCCCAGAACUCUCUCCAGUUACUCCCAGUCGUCCAGUGCACGACUGGGAAGGAGAGAAGGUGGAGGACAAAAGCUUUUUUGAUGAUGGCACCAUGACUUACUUUUGGAGAGCACACACACUAACAACAAUGGUAUUUAUGAUAUGUUUUCUUGUGUAUGAAGCUCUUACACCUCCAGAUGAAGACAUGGUGGAUAAUACAAAAAGAGGCCUUGUUGCCAGUGUGUUGGUUUUCAUAUUAUUGGGUGUGACCGUAACUCCAGAUGGCCCUUUUAAACGUCCCCACCCGGCUAUUUGGCGGCUCACUUUCAUCAUUUCCAUUGUUUAUGAGCUUGGCCUGAUCUUCAUGCUCUAUCAGAGUGCCUCAGGAGCCCGCCAACUUCUGAAACACAUUGACUCAAAACUUGGGGAGCCAAUUGAAGAAAAAGAAUACGGAGGAAAUUGCAGGCUCUUUGACCAUGAGGCCCCAAAUGACCCAUAUCAUAAUAUUUGGGACAAAUUGGAUCUUUUUGUACCAUUGCAUUUCUUUGGUUGGUGGAUGAAGACCUUGUUAUUGCGAGACUGGUGGCUGUGUUGGGUGAUAUCUGUUAUGUUUGAGAUUCUCGAGUACACUUUAGAGCAUCAACUCCCAAACUUCUCAGAAUGUUGGUGGGAUCAUUGGAUAAUGGAUGCGUUAGUGUGUAAUGGGCUUGGAAUCUUCUGUGGUCUGCAGACUCUUAAGUAUUUCUCCAUGAAGACGUAUCACUGGCGAGGACUCUGGAACAUACCUUCCUACAGAGGCAAGUUACGGCGUAUAAUGGCACAAUUUGGCCCUUAUGUUUGGGUGGACUACGACUGGAAACCUUUGUCCUCGCUGGGCCGAUGGUUUUCUAUGCUUGGAAUCAUUGCUGUGUUCCUGCUGGCUGAGCUCAACACAUUUUACUUGAAGUUUGUCCUCUGGGUGGAGCCAAGUCAUUGGGCGAACCUUGUUCGCCUUGUCUUUAUCCUGCCAUGGGGAGCUGUCGCUCUCAGAGAAGUAUUCCAGUUUUUGGAUGACCCAGACUGUGUGAAGUUUGGUCGUCAGUCGUGGCUAUUUCUUGUCAUCGUCUGUACAGAAUUACUAAUUGUUAUCAAGUUUGGGUGGGAGACUGUAACUAUUCCCUUCCCUAGACAUGUGGUGCUUCUAUGGAUAGGUAUUUUAGCAUUACUCAUUGUGUGGACCAUGUGGAAUUUCUACAUUGACCCUCAUACCUUCAAAGUGGAUUCCAAGGAUAUUGAGCGUCGUCGUGACCACUGGAGCCAAGUUAGGUUAAUUGAGACUAAACUUAGCCCCUCAGAGUCAAGAUUCAUUCCUCAGUUUUUCUUAGAUAAACUGAGUCAAAUUACUAGCAAAGAGGAUUGAUCCUGGUAUGGUUUUUAAGGUCAGACUCAAUUUGAAUUGAUUGAUGUUUUGAAAAAUAAGUCCUACACUCCAGGGUAAGUGACAAAUGAUGACAAGUCAAAACUAUGGUUGUUAGAUUCUCACUGGAUGCGAUGAGACUAUGAACUUUUUAGUGGUUGUUUUAUACUUGCUGUGUGAGAUGGUGGCUGAAGAUUAUUUUAAUGCAAAACUUACUGGAUUUGUACACAAGUAGUCAGCUAGAACCAGAACAAAAGUGUUGAUCUUUGGCUAUUAAAGGCCCCUCUGUCAGCAUGAAGAAGUAUGUGAGAGGUUGAUGAAGAUUGAUUUGCCUAAGGCAAGAAAUGUUCAUUGUUCCAAGGAAGGAUAAGGUAAGAAGAGAGGUGUUGAAAUAAAAACUGUUUAUGUUUUGCUAGUUUGUUAGGAGAGUUAGUGAAGUUGUUUUUACUUGGAAUGGUAUUUUGUGCAUUCCAACACUCAGUGUACACCUACUUAUUUUGCAUAAGCCUUUCACUGAAGAAUUAUGGUGGAUUGUUCAUUAUCCAGUUUGAAGUGUCACUAAAAUAAAGGUUUUAAAUCUGGCGAUUUACAGCACUCUGUGAAAGCGUGUGCUUCUACUUGUCUUCCUAACUUCUUGUAUUGUUGGUAUUUUUGGCUAAUAUAGUAUACAAUGGAGUAGAGAAAAUCCAUUUUAUUUGAUUUUAAUAUACAAUAUUUUGAAAAUUUUAUGUAAUAUAUAUAAUAUUAAUGAAUUUGGAGCUUUCUCCAGUUAAGUAUGUCACAAAAGAGCUUGUCUUCACAUGUACUGUGUUGAUGACAUGCAGUACAAGUACUAAGUACGAAUAUCAAGUGUUGUAUCAGGCACUUCAUAAUCAUCUAUCAUUAUUAUUUUUACAAGUAUUAUUAUUACUAAUAUCAUUAGAUAAUUUAUCCAGGGCAGUGAGUUAAGGUUACCUUCCCUAAAAUAUUUAACCUGACUGGGUUGCAUCUCUAAAUACUGUUUGCUUGAAAUAUUAGUUUUGAAAUGAGGUGAUAAAAUCAGAUGACGAGAAAGUUAAAGGAGCAGGACUUUGGGUGGAAGAAACCAUAUGAGAUGAAUGAACAUUAAAAGGCAGAAGCCAGUAAAGGUGGGUAUCAAACGGACAUUACAGAAUGCUUCUACCCCAUUCUAAGUUCGCUACAAUCACAUUGUAAGUUGCCUUCUGCUUCUCUAUGGAUACCGCUUUGGACAUUCAUCCCAAGUUCUUGUAGUGGACACCAACCACAGAGUCAUGCGCAGGGCAGUUUUUAGUUUGACUCCUGGCUGUAUUGCUCACUUGCUCAGCAUUGGUUUUCAUGUCUCUCUUCCUGUUUGCUGUCCAGUAUUGUUAACUUUAUUCUGCUCCAUUUCUCACCUUAAAUGUAAGGUGUUAUCUUUUAAAAGAAAUUACUGGGUGUUAAUAAUUCUUCCUUGAAAUUUUGUCUGUCGCCACCACUCGGUAAUCAUACACAUCUGGCUUUGCAGUCUCAUUGAAACUUAGUGGAAGACAGACUUAAAAGUUUAGCUUAAUCAGGCCUGCAUUCAGCCCCUUCUGGAGUUUGCUAUUAUGUAACUUCCACUUUGUGUAGGAGGCAAGUUUGUCAUUAUCAAGAAAGGAAGUCUGUCCUCACAUAUGAAGUGAGCCUACCAUUGUCACCUCUGCAAACUUGGACUCUGGGUUGUUAGUCGUAAGUCGGUCUCUGUAUGUGUUUUGUAGGAAUUAUGGUACAGUUCAGGCUCUGUAUACAGCUUGACUUAAUGAAGCAUUUUAUGAUCAAUCUUUUCCCUACUUAAGCAUUUUGAGUAUUGUGCCUCUGUUCCUCUCAUCCUUCUAGUGAUGAGGCUUAUGUUCAGUAAGCAUGUUUGUUGUUGUAUUGGUUUAGGAAAAGUGCAAAACAAUGUUAGAAUCUGGAUUUUUUUUUUUACUCAAGGUUGAUUUAUUAUUAUAAGGGAUCAGUUAAUCCAGACCUCUAAUACUCAAGGCGGAGGAGCAGUUAGUUAAUGGAGUACUACUACUAGAAAUACUAAAUGGAUGAAAACUGGUUGGCAGGUCUGAUUUAAAAUAUAAAGGAAGUCAUUUGGUGGUGGUUAUGGUAUUGCAGUGGUUUUGUCAGACUGUCUAAUAUUAGCAAUAGAUCUCUGUUUUACAUGGAGUAUCCACCUCUCAGGAAGGCAAGUAAUUAGUGGCAUUUCUGUAUGUAGGGUCAUUUUGAUCUUUUGCCAUUGGCUACCAGGUAGCAAGUUUUGAUGGUAGACAGCACUCUUUGCUACAGUGGAAGGUUAAAGGCUUUUGUAAAAUAAUGGUUGUAUACCAAGGAACUGUUUUUAAAUACUUUAGAAUUUUGUAAGAAGUGGUGAUGAAAUUCCUUGCAUUUAGAAGAGUUUUGUACUCAGUGAUGUUGAGUCACAUUCAAGAAACUGGAAUUAUGUAAGUGACAUGACUUACAUGUGUGUACACAGAAUAUUAUACUUGUGAUAAGAGACAUUCAUAGUUAAGAGUAAUUUUUUAUGGACUGAAAGUGUUUGUAAGCUAUUUUUUUUUAAUACUUUUGGUCUUCUAUCUUUCACUAAAACUUGCUGUUUGUCACCUAUGGAAAGUUGCUUUUGAAAAGAGGUAUGUCUAUGCAUGUAACUGAUCAAUCUAUUUUUUUUUUUUACAAACUUGAGGAACAUUCAAAUAGGAAGAUCCAUAACAACUUAUCAGCACAUGUCAAGUCAUGUCACAGAUAUUAUAACAUGAUCAGAAGUUUGAUCAAGUUCCACACUUUUUUAUAACAUACUAUAUGUAUAUAUUAUAUAUAUAUAUAUAUCUAGAUACAUAGAAAGAAAACUAUAUAAAAAUAUUCUGUAUAUAUCCUGAAUUGCUCAUAAGGUGAUCUUAAGUCUUAAAUGAUAAAAACUAUGGAAGCAUCACUGACAAUACAAUGAUGCUGUAUGUUACAAGAUGAUGAAACAGAUGAUAUUUAUGUUGCCAUGCUUUUUCUACACACAUUUACCGUCCAAACUUAACAAGUCCCCAAAGUUUUUUUUUUUUUUUUUUUUUUUUUUAAAGAUUGUUGCUUCACCUGUAACACUUUUAAUUAAUAAUGACUACUUUCUCUGUUAGAAAGUGGACUCAGACUUCAUAAAGCGGGGAAACUUGCCUCUUGUUUGGCAUCUUUUCUGUUUUGUUACUCCACUGUAUAUUUUUAGGAAUGUGAGCAGAUUAAAUAUCACCUUUUAAGUGUUGCUAAAGCUCUCAAAGCAUAUAGUAUUCUGAACAUCUAGUAUCACCAUAGAUAUGUUAUAGAGAAGCAAGUUGUCUGAUUUUAUGGUAGACAGUUGAUAUGUUACCUUCAAAAUAUUUGAGUGAAAUUAUCUGUUGCUAGUUCGAUCAAAUUACUCUAAUUUUAAAUUAAACAUUAUAACCUUUUUGAGUAUUCACAGUAAGUUUAUAUGUUGCUAGCUUGAUAAAGGCAUGUCACUUUUUUCUGUGUGUAACAUUAGGAUUGAUAGCACACAUAAAACCUUCUGCCAUCAUUGAAUGAUCAAAUCCCUUAGUUGUUUAUCUGUAGGAAAAGGUGCUUAGUUGUUACAGUAUAUUAUUGAUGAAGAUAUUUGCUGUUUUUAGAGGAUGAAAUAGGUAGAUUACACUUCAAAUGCUUUUUAUUGGUAGCAGCAGCAAGCUGUGCAAACAACGAACCAUAAAGCUCUUUUUGCCCUUGCUUAUAGAUGAGCUUAAUACUAUUGACACUCAAGUACAACUAUGUCUUGUUCAAACUUCAACUGUAGGAGUACAGCACAGUAUUUUGCAAUGGGUAAUCAUUUUGUACAUUUGUAUAUCCCUUCAAAUCAGGGAUAACAGAUGAAAUCUUGGUGCCCACAUAUUCAAAGUAACCAUUCAAGGUGGAAAAGUUCAAUUAAAACUGUUUAGAGGAAAUGUAAGCAAUACACAGGUUUUCACAGUGAGAAUGGUCUCAUUCCGAACAUUGUUUCUUUCUGUCCUAAAUAGUAAAAAUGUUGCUGCUCUGCUCUUAUAUAAAAGCCUCCUGUUACAAUUGAAAUCAUUUGACUGAAGGGGAAGAAACUUAUGGUGCCAGAAAUGAAAAUACUACAGUAGUUUUAAAAUGACUCUGAGCUCAAGUGAUGCUCUCCUUUUGAAAUUGUUGUCCCAUCCCUCUUGUCAGUCAGUGAUCUGCAAGCAGGUUUUAUUCUUGGACAGGGAGAUCUAACUUGGGAUUUGCCUUCUGUAACAAAUGUCUUCUUACCUGUUUUGUUUUGCACUUGUUUAUGGAGAACAUGUUCAUCAGUAGCCAGUGCGCUUGAAUGACUCUAUUUAUUCUAUGUGCAUCCUUUUGCCAACACAUUCCAUUAUUUCAGUUCAUUUUUCCUGCCGGGGUAGGCAACUGGUUACUCUUACUAAUGUUGCUGUUUUAGGGAACUGUAUUUUUUGUAGUUGUAGUUUCUGUGAAGGCCUGUUGGUAUCUGGAUGUUUGUAGACUAAGGUAGAGUGUUCCUGGCUCCCCUCUGCUUGUAUGACAAGAAAGUCAGAGUACUCAAGAUAAGAUGCUUUUGAAGCAUUCUUUUGUAAAACAAUGCCAUAGGCUCUUGUGUGUGGUCAGGCUGUGUCAGCUUCAUAAUUUAUAGGAAGAAAUGUGGUUAUAGUACUCAUCUGUGCUAGACGUUUAAGUUACAAGAAUGCAUUUUGACUAUUUUUGAUUUUCUGAUUUGAAACAAAUUCCAGUAUCACAACGUUAUUCUAAUUCAGAACCACAAAUGGUAUUAGACUGAAAUCUUUGUUGGACAUCUCUGGGAAACUGCUUCAAAUCUAUAUAUGAAAAAAAUAGCUUCUAAGUUUAGUUUGUAUCUGUACUUAAACUGACAACAAAAUUUUUGGGGUAUUGCUUUCAAGUUAAAUCCUGCUUGUUCCAUACCAUAAUUGCAUGCAUGAAGUGGACCGAAAACAGUAGGCAGUACUAUUAUUGUACUGGAUGUUGUUAAACAUAUCUUGUGACAGAAUAGUUGCUUUGAAAGAUGUUGGAAGAAGCAGCAAUCCAAUGUGAUAAUCAAGAGGCCUAGACACUUUCAGGAGGAUUAGAGGUGCAGGUUUGAGUCUUAAGGCUGAUUUAGUUGGCUUUGUUCAGUCACUUCCGAUCCCUCCAAGAUUUUUUAUUUAUUGUACUUAUGAUCUCAAGAUUGAGGAUGAAGGUGCAUAUGUUGAGAUGGGAUAAAGUUUAUUGUUGCAUGUACUUUAUUUAUUUAUUCUUUAACAGUUAUAAUUAGUGUUGUUGGAUGUUGAUGGAUGUAAUACAUUUUAUAAGUUCUUUUGACAUUUAAUAUAUGUACAUAUAUGUAAAUGUUUAAUGUCAGUUGCCAUUUUGAAAGAAAGCUACCAAAUUCUUUAUAUCUGGCAUUACAGUAACACUCAGAACUUGUUGAGUGGUAUUUUCAAAGGAUUUGUAAAGCUUUUUGAAGGAAGAAUUCUUUGUAUAACUUCUUAACUUUGCAUUUACCAAGUUUUCAUUUUAGAGGAUAUGUUACCAUUGGUCACAUUAUUGUCUUUCUUAUGUGUAAGUAUGCCUAAUAGUACCCGGUAUUGUAAAUGUUUUUUGUCUGGUUUGAUUUCUAGGAUCACCCACAGCUUAAUUAAGUGAAUAAUCACAAAAAUGAAGGAAAGUCAUAACUCUAAAUUCCCUAUAAGUCAGACAUACCACAACAAACUUACCUGUGAUAGGUUAUCCAAGAAAAUGCAUGUGUGGGUAGUUAAAUGGAAACUUCAAUACACCAGAUAGCUUAUUACACAUAUAUACAUCUGUCCUUUUCUUUACUACACAUAUAUCUAUCUGUCUUUUUCUUCUUAUUUGGGAUAUUUUUACAGUAUCCUUUUUUUUUUUUAUAACAGUGCAGUCUGGCUAUCAUUUGGUUUCAUCAGACUAUCUGUGUGAAUAUUAAAAACUGGAUUCAACCGAUAUUGGGUCAAACUAAAGUAAUGGUAAAUUGUAGAAAUAUCACAUGCCUCCUGAAAAAAAAAAAAAGAGUCUGAAUUUGAUUGCACUUUGUAUCAACUUCUUUGUGCUAAGAAAUAUUGAAUAUUGAAUUAAAUUAUAGAAAUCACAGUUGUAUCUGUAUUGGAGGUGUACUCGUAUAUUAAAAAGCAAGAAGUUGAUGGAAUCCAGCCUAAAGAAAUAUGUAUAUAAGGCAGUCCCCAGGUUACGACGGGUUCCAUUCUUGAGACGCGUUGUAAGCCGAAAAUUAUCGUAAGCCGGAAUAUUGUCAAAAAUCCUAAGAAAACCUUACUUUUAAUGCUUUGGUGCAUUAAAAACUAUGUAAACUGCAUUCUUAUUGCAUUUUCCAUAAAAAACUUCAAAUAUUGAUUCUUUUGCAUUUUUGGAGUCAUAUUUCUUCUGCCAGAUCAGCAUUGUAAGUGUCGUAACCCUGGAACGUGUUGUAAACCUGGAAAUAUUUUCUGAUAAAUAUAAUUGAAAAGUGUUGUAACCUCGGAACGUCGUAAGCCGGGGACUGUGUAUACAUACGGAGAUAUUUCUGGAAUGUUGCAUUUCUAGAAAUAUAUUAGAAGAGUAAUUGCAUAGUUUAAAAUUUUCAUUAAAAAAGCUAAAAUUUUUAUUUCUACCCAAAACAUUAUCCAAUGCUGUUCAAUAGGGGUAACUACCUAUCAAAACAGUUAAAAGCUAGCAUAGACUGGUUUUGAUUCUGUGUUUUACAAGGAGUAGGUAUCAUCAGAACACAAAUGAAUGCCUUAAGUGUAGUUGCAGGAGUUUUUGAACACUUGAGGGGAGAAGUAUACAUUUUUGUAGUAGCAGUUCAAGUUGGUACAUCGGUGCAUCCAUAUGUAUCAAGGACAGGAAAGUUUGCAACUCUUGAACUGUUUGGUCAAUUUGAAAGUUGUAGGAAAUUGUCAAAAUAUACGGCAUGCCAUAGACACCUGAUGAGAAAUAAAGUACUUUUGUCAAGGAGAGUAUGAUUGCUGAAUCCUUCUCAUUUUUAGACCUGUUAUUUUUAGAUGUUGCCGGCUUCUUUUCCAGUAGGAUUUGAAGCAAUCCUCUAAUGUGAAAUUAUGUUCUAAAACUUGGGUAAGACUAACCUUUGAUGUGCACACUAAUUGAAAACCUUAGGAGUUAUUAAUCUGACAUGAAAUUGUUUAGAAUCUUUAAAGAUCAACUUUUUACAUCUGAUUUUGUAAAAGACAUAUUUCCUCUGAAAUUUUUUUUUUUUAAAUGAAGACAAUACAGAAUUUAGAUGCCAGUCCACAUAGCAGAGUGAAGUUUUAUGAUGCUUUUAGGUAUCAAGCAGCUUUUAGUUAUCUUAAAUCUUGCCGAGUUUCAUAUCAAUCUGUAUCCUUCAAAGCAUUUUGAAGACUUAAUGAAUUGUUUUAUCUUGUUAGUACGUACUGUAACUUAAACCAGAUAUAUUUAGAGAAAUUGUUAAUACUAUUCAUAAUGUAUGUAUCCCUAGUUCAAAGGUUUGCUGGUUUAUCUUGUUGGCUACAAAUGAUUGGAGGUGGCAUAAUAGUUGGCAAUUUGAACAGUGAAAAUUGUUGAUUUUAUCUUGGAGUUGUUAAUAUUAGUAAUAGAGAAGGAUCAGCAUUUAUCUCCAAAAUAAAAUGUUUCUGCUCAUGCUCAAAACCUGUUAAUAUUGUCUGAUUAUUUUAACAGGUUUUUCAUUUUAUAAUAAUGCCUUAUUUGCUCAUAAGUAAAUUUCACAUCUACUGCAUUUAUUUGUAUUAUUCGACAGUAUAAAUGUGUGCCUACUGUAACACUGGACUAACAUUUUGUGCACCAUUGAAAUGUUAACCCAAAUUUUGUAUUCUUCCUAAUUCCUUACUCUUAUCCUUUCUCUAUUUGACAUAUUCCAUCCACAAAAUAAAUGGUAUGCAUCUGA